GUAACGCGUGGCUCCUUUGGGCUGGCGGGAGGGGCCGGAGGCUCGCGAGGGGCGGGGGCGGCGCGCGGCGGCGGCGGCGGAGGAGCGCAGGGGAGGGGACCGGAGAGGAGGGGAUGAGCACAAGGGAGGGGAGAGGAGGGAGACCCGCCGCCUCCCUCCCUCCCUCCCUCACUGACUUGCUCCCUCCCGGGCUGCGGCUGCUGUAAAAGCCAGCAGCGGCAGCGGGAGUUGUCCGGAGGCCGGCGUCGAGGGUUCUCGGCUGUCUCUGCUAGUCCAUCCUCCCUGUAGGGGUUCUCUCCCCUCUCCCAUUUCAAGAUGGCAACCACUAGCUCUGAGGUCUCGGAAAUGAAGGGGGUUGAGGAGAGUCCCCAGGUUCCAGGCGAAGGGCCUAGCCGUUCUGAAGCUGAAACUGGCCCUCCCCAGGUCCUAGCAGGGGUCUCAGACCAGCCAGAGGCCUCGAAGCCAGGCCCAGACACCACUGCAGCCCCUGUGGACUCAGGGCCCAAGGCUGGGCUGGCUCCAGAAACCACAGAGAUCCCAGCUGGGGCCUCAGAAACAGCCCAGGGCGCAGACCUCAGCUUCAGCCCAGGAGGGGAAUCAAAGGCCAACUGCAGCCCGAAAGAGCCAUGUCAAGAAACAGUGUCCAAACCAGAAGUGAGCAAAGAGACCACUGAAGACCAGGGGUCCAGGCUUGAGUCUGCAGCCCCACCUGAGCCAGCCCCAGAGCCUGCUCCCCAGCCAGACCCCCAGCCAGAUUCCCAGCCCACCCCCAAGCCAGACCUUCAACCGGAGCUCCCUACCGAGGAAGACCCCACCCCUGAGAUUCUGUCUGAGAGUGUAGCGGAAAAGCAAGAGAAUGGGGCAGUGGUGCCCCUGCAGGCUGGCGAUGGGGAAGAGGGCCCAGCUCCUGAGCCUCACUCACCACCGUCCAAAAAAUCCCCCCCAGCCAAUGGGGCUCCCCCCCGAGUACUGCAGCAGCUGGUUGAGGAGGAUCGACUGGGAAGAGCACAUAGUGGGCAUCCGGGAUCUCCCCGAGGUAGCCUGAGCCGCCACCCCAGCUCCCAGCUGGCAGGUCCUGGGGUGGAGGGGGGUGAAGGCACCCAGAAACCUCGGGACUACAUCAUCCUUGCCAUCCUGUCCUGCUUCUGCCCUAUGUGGCCUGUCAACAUUGUGGCCUUCGCUUAUGCUGUCAUGUCCCGGAACAGCCUGCAGCAGGGGGACGUGGAUGGGGCCCAGCGUCUGGGCCGUGUGGCCAAGCUCUUAAGCAUCGUGGCGCUGGUGGGGGGAAUCCUCAUCAUCAUCGCUUCCUGCGUCAUCAACUUAGGCGGUGAGUGGGGGCUUGGGACAGGCAGGGGAGGAGUGGAAGGGUUGGCAAGGGCAGCUUUACUAACCCCUGCCCCUGCUCUCUCCUGUCUGUCCUCCUUACCUCUCCUUUGUCGCUCCUUGUCCCCCCCCACCAACCUAUCCUUCCCUCUCCUCUCCCACAGUGUAUAAGUGAGGGGCUCUGCCCCGAAUCCCAAGACUUUUCUUCCUGUUGGGAGCUGCCUUGGGCCCAUCCCUCCCCUGGGGGGAGCCCAACUGAUGGCCCUGGCCCCCACCCCUAAGGACCAAGGGAGCCUGAGCGGCCUUGUUUACAGCUUCUGUCCUGCUCCUGCAUCUUGCCAGGCUCUUCUGCCAACUGUAGGCCUCCCUCAUCCCUGCACUGGUUCCAACCUCCCUGCACUGCUGCCUGCAUCCCCUCCAGCCUCCUGGCCCCCUAUCCCUGCACUUCUGGAAACCUCCCUGCACUCUGGAAACCUCCCUGAACACCUCCCCAACUCUUUGCUCUCAGCCUCCCUGCAUCUCACCCGGCUGGCCUCCCUGCACUUCCAGCCUCUCCAGUUCUCUGGACCUCCACCCUGGCCUCCUCCUCCCAACUUUCAUUGUCUUGGCAUCCUCUCCACCCCCAAGUCCUCUCUUCCUUCCCUUCUUUAUCAUCUCCCCUUCCCUCUCCACUUCCCACCCCCUUCCUCUUCCUGCCUCCUCAUCUCCCCUCAGGCAUCCUCUUCUCCACCCUCCCCGCACCGUGUCCUCUGCAAAAAUGACAGCACUUAGAUCAGGCUGGGGGGUGGGGAGCAGUGCUGGGAGAGGGCUCCCCAACCCCGGGCUCCGACUGUUCUCCGCUGGGACCGCCCAGGCUCAGACACCCAAGGGUGCCUUGCAGGUCGCAGAGCUGGCAAGCCGGGCCUCGUGUGGGGACUUCGGCGAGGGUGGCGAGCACUGGUUCCGAACGCGCGCAGGGGAGAAGGGAGGGACAAGGCGCUGACCCUUCCCAGGUCAGCUGGAGUUGACUCGCCCACUUGGGCUUUUCAACCCCAGUCUGCGAGUUUUUCUUGAAGGUGUCGGGGUAGAUUCCUUCACGUGUUUCAUAACGAAAGGAUCCAAAAAAUAGGACCAAAGCUCCCACUGGCAGGAGCGAGGGCGGGGCGGGGAGCUCUAUAAUUAUUUUCUAAGAUGACGGGGGAGGUUUGUUGCACGCGACAGCCCGCUGAGGAGGCGGGGACCGAGCUACAGCAUGGUUCAGAUUUGGCGGGUUGGUUGGUUUGUUUUUCCUUAAAAAAAAAAAAGUAUGGGGGAAAAAGAAACUAAAAUUCUUUAAAAAUAUAUAUAUAUAUAUCAAAUUGAUUUAUCCCUUUUUGUAUGCCGGAUGUUGCAUGAGUCUGAAACACCAAUAAACGGAGACUGCAUGAGA